UCAACCAGUCUUGCAUUAGCUGUUUAACCUUUCUUUUUCUUCCUCUCUCUCUUAUCCUUCCUUUCCCAAAACCUAGAGAGAGAAACUCUAGAUCGAGAAGUAUUACUCCUAUAUAUAACGCAGAUUGUGAGUAAUUAAGAAGAAGAGGUUUCUUUUGUAAUGGCAGGCACUUGGAAAUUGCUGUUGGCACUAAGCUUAAUCGCGUGUCUCGUACUCCCACACGCAAUAGCCGCGGCGGAGACGGCGUGGGUAAUGCCAGCGGUUAGAUCGGGGUGCAGGGGCACCGUGGCGGAGUGUCUGGCCAACCAGGAGGAGGAAUUCGAGCUGGAUUCGGAGUCGAACAGGCGCAUCCUAGCCACGCGCCGCUACAUCAGCUACGGCGCUCUGCAGAGGAACAAUGUCCCGUGCUCGCGGCGCGGCGCGUCCUACUACAACUGCCGCCCCGGUGCUCAGGCCAACCCCUACCGGCGCGGCUGCAGCGCCAUCACACGUUGCAGGAGCUGAACGGAUUCCGCAUCUCUGCUUCCUCCAAUAUUCUUUCUUAUUAAUUUUACUUUUCAAUUUUUCAUUUUGUUUUAAUUUCAUUUUUUCUUCUUUUUUUGGGGUGGGGUGUUUGUUAAUUGUUAUACAAGGAAUUAAUAAUUGAAUAUAUAUUGGUGUGCUGUUAAUUGUUA